GGCAUCAGUGUGCUUGCCGCCCGUUUUCAUUAUCCGAUAAAUCUGUCCUUGAACUCAGUACCUUGACGCCGUCGAUCCAUAGCCAAGUUGGUCCUGAAGAUUCAUUGUCAACGGAUCGGAGAAUCACUCUGUUGUGAAUACUUAACUUGUUUCUCGCCGCUAAGCCGGUUCUAAGAUACAGAGAAUAUUUGGGUCCAAUCUGGAUCUGUAUUCGGGUUAUUCUUCAUUCCAACGAGUUGCUGGUCCAACGGCGCGCUCGACACAUUUAUUCCUUCAGUACUCUCACCUCGAUAUCAGGAUCCUCCGUCGUACGUACCAGUUUCCAACUCCUGAAACAUCGGCCUCGGAAAAGACUCGGAUAUGUAUGCUCGCGAGAGGCUCCCUCGAUAUCGACAGGGCCUCGCGGACGACUGUGUGCAAGCGCUCUCUAUGGAUCCACUCGUCGGGCCCGGCGGAAAGAUGACAGUUGGUUUCAAAGUUUAUACAUGCCAAAUGGUGCCGCUGAUCGGUCGUCGCUUGGUCAACUUACCAAUCGAAUGUGCGCCGGAUGCUCAUGCGUAGGCACUGUGAGGACCGUGCGGUGUUCUACCCUCAAAGGUGCAAGCACUCGGAUUGCAGACGCUCGCAUCGGCGAGGCAACUUUAUUGUAGCAUGCCGAAGGAGACAUUGGCACCGAUAGACUCUGUUACGGACAAUGUGUCAGUGGCCGGGCAGUUUAUUGCCCCGCCAUCCUGGUUGUCGGUGGGAAGUUGCGCGAAGGAUGAAACGGAAGGUUGCAAUUUAACAGCUAUGUAUCAGCACAGAUUGGUGGAACCUCUCAAUUCAAGGACACACAUAGGAUUCUGCGGUCUAAAGCUAAACGCUCUUCCUUACCUGUAUUUAUGUAUCCGCGGGAUUUUUCUCGUCGCUCGGAGGCGACUUCGCGGGUACUCUACGAUUGAUUUCGAACACCUCCAUGGAGAAACACGUGCUUGGGAAACUCGAGCGCGACUAGAG